UGUACCGCCAUCCGGAAGUUGCGUCAAUGUCCACAUGACUCUGGUGUUUCCACUGUCAUGCCGUCCUCCGCAAUGCUUGGAAGAGGCAUGGCUGUGGUCCUCAAAUCCAGUUUGUCACCGCUUCUUACCUGUUCGGCUGAAACGGGCAGGACGAGGACGUGUUGUCGGCUAUGGAUGAACCGGAGACCUAGACGGCUGUCUGCGGAGAGUAUGAACGUGUGCACGACGGCAGGUGUCUCCCACAGUGAAGUGGAUCAGGAGUCGGACAAAAAUGUAAUUAAUGUUGUUUUUGUGGAUCGAUCAGGCCAGCGGAUUCCAGUGAAAGCAAAAGUGGGCGACAACGUGCUUCAUGUGGCGCAUAAGCAUGGCAUUGACUUGGAGGGCGCAUGUGAAGCCUCUCUGGCCUGCUCGACGUGCCACGUCUACAUCGGCGACGCCUUCUAUGAUAAACUCCCAGAGCCCGAUGAAAGGGAAGAGGACAUGCUUGACAUGGCGCCCUUGCUGCAGGAAAACUCACGCCUAGGCUGUCAAGUGAUCCUGACCCCAGAGCUGGAUGGCAUCGAGCUGACGCUGCCCAAAAUCACUCGAAACUUCUACGUGGACGGUCACAAGCCCGCCUCUCAUUGACAGACUGGGCUGGCACACGGAUUACGUGUCACCCGCGUGUCGCAGGGGUCUGCGCAGAAAGCAGCCGCUUGUUUGAGGGCUAAAGGGGCACCUGCACCCACACGAGAGGUUUUAAGAACUUGGAUGGAAGGGAGCGGCUGGCAGAAGUCCGUUUGACUCGAGAUCACGCCGGCAGCUUUGAAAGGGCGACAUGUUGGAGUUUGUCCUGUUGCGUUUGCCCAAACGUUGUCCUUACCUGAAGCACCUUCCUCCCAUUAGGGUGGCAGCCUCGUCUUCUCCGUACUACAGAGUCAGCAUCUGCGCACAAUGGCCAGACCUCCGCUGCCUUACACUGUGCGACUCUCGUCUCGUCUCGUCCCCGGGGCGCAUUUACCUGCCCUAAGAGUGACGUUAAAUCUGCGCCAUCAGGGGCUCACCAGGCCCCAGUCGAAGAGCUCGUGCCAACAGGGAGAGGGUGAAGUUUGGCACAGGCCCGCUUUUUAGAAGGGGUGAAAUGAAGGAGUGAGAGUGGCGCCACGUCUGUCUGUGUGUUCUUUUAUCUUCGUGGCCAUGUGGGCUGUCGUGCCAACCACUAGUCGGAGAUAUAAAUCUGUACAAAUAUUUAGGUCAUAAUACCAAAUGGGGAAAGCCAAGUUAUGUGCUGCUCUUGAAUAACUGGACAUUUCUGCAGAGAGAUUAAUUUAUAUUCCUUUUUAUUGCCAUAAAUAAAGCCUUUAAGAGUAA